UUGCAUGAGCUGGGACUUGGCUGAAUCCAGCAAAGACUUCGUCACCACUGUUGUCAAUAGAAAUGAUCUGGUCCCAUCUUUUGGCAAGGUCUCAGCCGCUGAACUUCGUACAAAGGUUAUGGCAUCAUCCUGGGCACAUAGUCUCCAGGAACGUAUUCAGCAGAAAAGACUCCUGAGUUUUAUGAAUCACUCUGUAGACCUCAUGCGAUCCUACAUUCCUUUUGUAUCCAGUCCAAGUUCUAAGGUUGCAAAUGUCGAUAUGCUGCAAUCUUGGACUGCUGAGGGUGAGAUGAAGCAUUCAGAGGGCGUGCAUGAAGUAGUGAAGAAACAUUCUGCCCUAUCCUGCUGGCCAUAUGUUGCUACAAAGAGUCAAGCUUUUGAUGAAGCUGGGAAAGGAACAGAUGGAGAACACAUGGAGCAGCUCCUGGAAGCCCUGCGAUCACCGUCGAGUGCCUCUCAAGCACCUCGGCAUUGCCAGUUGUACCCCCCAGGAAGAAUCAUGCACAUGGUUGCAUUGCCAAAAUCAGAAGAGCAAGGCAGCCAGAGUGAGGGUGUUGCCCUCUACGAGACCCCUCGCGACAUGUACAACAAGAUCCGACUCGACAGAUCGAUGAUAAGGGACCAUUACAUGCCUAGGUACAUUGAGACGAUGGAGAUGCUCAUCGACAAGCUUGCAGAGGAUGACGUGCCUCCUAGUGACACCAACGGCAUCUGGUUGGACUAACUUUAGAAAUAAGGUACUAGCCACGCCUUCUGAGAGAUUUUGUAGGAAAUCCUGUAUGCGAUGAUGUUAAAAUUUUAACUGCUAAUUUUUUAACUAAUUGCUCGGUUGUUAUUUGCUUGUUUGAUGUUUUUCUAUAUUAUAGUGUAUGUAUAUAAAUAUCAAGCUGGUACGGACAAUGGAGAGUUUCA